AUGAAGCACGUCCAUCGUUUCAAGGCCCGUGUUCUCAAGCGAUCAGACUUGCCUAGUGGCUCCGCGCUUGAGACCCAGAGCCAGUCUGCUUCGGUUGCUUUACCGGGAUCAGCGGAACACCCCGCAGAAAAGAAUGGUCUGUUCAAAUUGGCCGAAAGCAAACCAGCGUCGGAUCUUUCUGGAUCCACCAGUUUUCCAGUUGACAUUGUUGCAGUCCAUGGCCUUAACGGGGAUGCCUUCUCAACAUGGACCCAUAAACCAACCGGCAUUCUGUGGCUUCGGGAUCUUCUUCCUAGUUAUUUACCUGGAUGUCGCGUUUACACUUAUGGCUACCCAUCCAAGAUAUUCUCUCAGUCGUCGGAACGUGUUCAGGAGUAUGCCCUGAACCUUCUAAUCUCGCUGAGGGACAUCCGCGAGGAUUCGGAAAAUGCAAAACGCUCUGUCGUCUUCAUAUGCCACAGCCUCGGUGGUAUUGUAUUUAAACAGGCACUUGUGACUGCUCAUCAAGAUAACCACUUAUAUGGUGAGGUGUUGAACUCAAUCAUAGGUGUCGUGUUUCUAGGGACUCCCCACCGUGGCAGCACUGCUGCAAAUCUUGGCAGCGUUUGCGGUGCAAUUGUCAACAUGUUUUGGUCUACCGCGUCUGCCGGAGUUGGGCCUCGAACAGUGAGGACGGAUCUCCUAAACAAUUUGAUCUACGACUCAGAUGCGCUUCAAGACUUGGCCAUGUCGGCACGUGUUCGUCUCGGAAGCAUCUCUGUAGUUUCGUGUUUCGAGACCGAGCCAACCCCUCCGCUGUCUUCUUUAAUCGUGAGCAGAGCAUCUGCCACACUAUCACUCCCUAAUGAGGAACCUAUUCCCAUGUCCGAGGAUCAUAAGACAAUCUGUCGGUUCUCUGGCGAAACAGAAAGCUAUCUCAAGGUAGCAAGAGCCAUUCGAAGAAUUGUCUUGCAGUCAUCGAAUAGUGGUCCGGCACUCAAGCGUGUUAGCACUCAUUCGUCUACUCUUGUUCUCAGUGACUUGGAAAGAACUUGUAUGACUCUUCUCAACGACCAUGAUGUCACAAAAGACGUGGAACCGCCCCCCAAACCAGUGCCCGGGACAUGCCAGUGGAUUCGCGGCCAUCAGUUGUUCAUCGCAUGGCUUGGAAAGAGCAGCAACGCUCUCCUCUGGCUAACAGGACAUCCAGGCUGCGGAAAGACGAUGCUGUCUUACUCAUUGGCCCAAUACUUUGAGGAUGCCCGUGCCAAGUCCAGCAACGUUCUGAUCUACUUGUGCCAAAAUAAGAAUAAGCGGACAGACGGCAGAGCAGUGCUUAUUGGUCUUAUUCUCCAAAUUAUUGAUCGCCAUCGCUCACUAAUUCGUCAUAUCCGCGCCGCCUUCGAGAAGCAAGGGUCAAGUAUCGUUCAAUCUUUCGCCUCGCUCUGGCGCAUCUUUCUCAAAGUAACCACGGAUCCAAAAAUAGGGCCCAUCUAUGUUAUUCUGGAUGCCCUGGACGAAUGCGAGAAGGUUUCGUGUCACCAGUUGCUCAUCUCGAUAGCUGAAAUGCUCGCCGAACCACCUCAGUCGAUUAAGGGCGAUAGUCAUAUCAAGUUUCUCGUUACCAGCCGUCCAUUUCUCUAUCAAUCUUAUGCGAACAGCCAGAAGGCCCUCCAGUCUCAGAUCUCAAUUGAUGACGAUCAAACAGGCUACACCGAGGACCUCCAGACUUUUAUACAGCAGCGCAUCCAUGAGAUCUCUCUCAACAGACAAUUCUCAAGUGAGAUCAAAGACUUUUUAUGCCAAGCCAUAACUUCCAAAGCUGAUAGAACGUUUCUGUGGAUUCAUAUGGUUCUCGCUUCAAUCGAAAAGAGUCUUCUUACUUCAAGAAAAGAGUUCCAGAAGAUCAUUGCAGGUAUUCCAGAGGGCCUCGCCGAGAUAUACCAUCGAUAUAUUUCUGCUAUUCCUGAGGAUCAUGUAGAGGAUGCGUCGAAAUUACUCAACCUCCUGUUGGCAUGCUCAAGACCUCUAUCCCUGAACGAGCUCAACAUCGCUUUUACAAUGGAACCUCAACAUACUACUGCUGAGGACAUCAUGCAGGAUACCCAUAACUCCAUCGCUCAUACUGUGCAGGGCAUCUUAGGUUCACUGGCCAGAGUUACUGGACAACAAGUUUUUUUAGUUCACCAAUCGUUGAAGGAAUUUCUCCUAGAGCAGGACCCUGAGAAAGCGAAAGACUCUUCUACUAUCCGUCUCGUAAACGCCCAAAAAUCCGCUCUCCAGUUGGCAACUGUUUGUAUACAAUACCUUCUUCUUGAUGAUUUCGCGAUUAACUUCUUUCCGACAUGCGACUCGCCAACUACCGCUGCUGCAGAAGACACGGAUUUUUUGGUUGAACUGCCGAUGGGGGAUUUCAAAGGGGACUUUUGGGAACAAGGAGAUCUCGAUCUCGAAUCUGACGUGCUGUUUCGGGAGCCAGAUGCACAGCAUCCCAAUAUCUGCGACACUGUGGUCUCAGACUACCCUUUUUACACAUACGCGUGUCUACACUGGGCAGAGCACUUCUCUAUGUGCGAAGAGAGUGCGCCUGAUGACCUCCAAGAUGCUGCCAAGUCACUUCUAGACAACAACACAGCGAAUUGCCGAAACUGGCUAAGCUUCUACGGCGUGCGAGCUUCAACGUUGAUAGAAGGUGACCUCGCUGAUUUGGAUCCUCUUAUUGUCGCAUCGCAAUUCAAUUUGUCUACAGCACUGGAUGAUAUAAUACGUGCGAAUGGACCUGACCAAGAUACAAUGAACCAGAGCCUUUACUGGGCAUCGCGACUUGGCCAUCAUCGCAUUGUGCCUUCUCUUCUUGCUGCUGGCGCCGAUCCUAAUGCUAGGCUUAUUGAGGGGCAGACAGCGCUUACAGUUGCGUCUGAGCAUGGUAGAAUAUCAUGCGUCAAGGCUUUACUAGUAGACAUUCGAACCAACGUAAACGAGCCAGGGAGGGCAGGGAGGACUGCUCUGUCGUUUGCAUGUGGGGUCGGGCAUGACGGUAUCGUCAAGGAACUUCUGAAACAAAGGCUCUGCAACGCUGGUCAGCCUGACAACGCAGGAGCCACAUCUUUCAUCUGGGCUGUUGGUGGAGGCCAUCACUCGAUCAUGUCAACUCUAGCAAGGCUUCACAGUAUUAACAUCAACCACAUGGACAAGACUGGGCGCACAGCAGUAUCAUGGGCUGCUGGGGAUGAUAUGGCUGACACUCUGAUCAGACUACUGAAGCUGCCUGGUAUCAAUAUCAAUGCCAAAGACAACAAGGGGAGAUCUCCUCUCUCAUGGGCAGCUGGCAAUGGCUGUGUUGGGGUUAUUGAGGUCCUUCUGGCGCACCCAAAACUCGACAAGGCGAGCAUCGAUAAUGACAAGCGAAACGCGAUAUCUUGGGCAAGUGCCCGCGGCCACUAUGAAGUUCUUGUUAAGCUACUCAAAGCAGGCUGUCCAGGAGUUGACGCCGAAGACAUCGAUACUUGGACGCCGCUGGCAUGGGCUAUCCAAACCGACUCACCCGAUACAGUCCAAGCUCUUGUCAGCGAUGGAAAAGUUCAACUUGAACGACCUGAUGGCGGUGGAAGAACUGCGUUGUCAUGGGCUGUGGAGUAUGGGCAUGUAGAGGUUGUCAAGGUACUCCUACGGGCAGGUGCGGACCCUUGUACGAAAGAUGUCAGGGGGAAAACUCCGUCGAUGAUUGCCAAAGAAUUUGUGAGAGAUAAUAUUUUGAGGGAGCUUGAGGCAUAUGGAGCGUAUUGA